GACGUGCGGGCCCGCCCCGCCCCGCCGGGGUUCUCGCCGCCGUCAUCCCCCCUUCGGCCCCCCCACCCCGGUUCUCUCGGGGCUCCUCCCACGACCCUCCCAAUGGCGGCCUCCCGGGCCCCCAAUCCCUCCUCCCCGGACUCAAGCCGACGAUCCGGCGGGGGCGCGGGAAGAGACGCAAGUGCGAGGGUCUUGGGCACCUGGAGAACCCCUCCUUCCCGGGGAGGAAUUAGCCAAGUUGGGAGGAGGGAUUCCACCUCCGUGCGGGCGGGGACUGAGAAGAGGAGUGAUGAAGAUAAUUGUUUCAACAAUCUAUUACUUGUAGACUGCGUCAGCUUUUUAAGUCUCAUUCAUAAUCUUAUUUGAUUCCCUUCGCUUUCUCAUUCAUUCUUUCAUUUAUUCGGCAAAUAUUUACGAAGUAUCUCCUAUGUGUCUGGCAUUAUGUUAAGACCCAGAGAUGAAGAGAUUGUUAAGAGUGCUGGACUUAGAGGGAGAAGUAAAGAGCAAAGACUUAUGGCUGGCUGGCUAUCUCUUGUCUCUGUCUUCUCUGUCUCUGUCUUCUCUCUCAAAUCUUCCUGUCUCUUAGUUCUGCCACUUUCUGUGUGGUUUUAGAGAAAUUGGUUAAUCUGCAUCUUAGUUUUUCCACAUAUAAAGCAAAGCAUAUGAAACCUAAUGGGGUUGUUGUGAGGAUCAAAUGAGACAAUAUUGGGGAAAGAUCUCUCUAAAUCUUAUAAUACUAACUGCUAACUGAACUUCUCUGAGUCUGUUCCACAAUUUGAAAAACAAGGGAUGUCAAACAAUAUUGACCUUUUUUUUUUUUUCCUUUUCCCAGUCCUGGUGAUUGAAGCCAGGGACACUGCACCACUAAACUACACCCCAGCUCCCCAGGCUCCCCCCCAUACUUUUUGACAGGGUCCUGUUAAGUUGCCAAAGCUGGUCUCCAACUUGUGAUCCUCCUACUUCAGCCUCCAGAGCCACUGGGAUUACAGGCAUGCACCACCAUGCCUGGCUUAAUAUUGAUUUCUUAGUGUUGAUAUAUUCAAUGAGAUACUGUAUGUAAAAAGUGCAUGGCUCAGAGUAAAUAAAUGUUGGAUAACAUUGUAUUUAGGGCAGAGUCUUUUGUUCCCAUUGCAGUAUUUCUAUUUCUGUAACACUCCCGGCCCCAUACUCAGUUCAGUUUGUGCACACCUGGGGCUCUGAAGCUUCUGUUGCUUUCCUUUCUGAGAGGAGAAGUAAAAAUGGGCCAGUAGAGCAGGAAAGAACAACAGAGUGCUGAGCAUGUGAUCAAGCCAUGACCCAGGUCCUCUGACUUCUGCUGAUCCAAGGACCCUGACCUCUAGCCUCUUGGGGCAUCCAGAGAUUAUCCAGAGAUUCUCUCUGGACUGGGUAUUGUCCUGCUCUCCCAAGCUUGAGGUCUUCCAAAGAAGAGAGCAUUGUAUCUAAAGGGCAAGAGUAAUGAACCUCUGUUCUUCCUCUUCUGAAAAUAUAGAAGGGGCUGGCAAGUUUUGGGUGCAUACAAAGAGGACCCCAGAAGCUCCCCCAGAGUGCUGGGAGCCUAGUAACCAGGAAAGAGUGGUGUAGCCAGAGAUGCUGGGGGAGGUGCUCAGAGAGGCCAGGGUUCUUGGGUUAAUCAUCUCUGUGGCUCAGAUAAAGCCCUGCCAAUUGGAAGCAGAGUCAUUUUGACCAGAGGGGUUUGUGUGGCUGAAGAGGCAGGCAGAACAGUGUGUCCAUAUUAUAGGACCAUGCCAGGCACAAAACGGUUUCAACACGUGAUUGAGACCCCAGAGCCUGGCGAGUGGGAGUUGUCUGGGUAUGAGGCAGCUGUGCCAAUCACAGAGAAGUCAAACCCACUGACCAGGGACUUGGACAAAGCAGAUGUCGAGAAAAUUGUUCGAUUGCUGGGGCAGUGUGAUGCUGAGAUCUUCCAGGAGGAGGGGCAAGCCAUGCCCACAUACCAGAGACUAUACAGUGAAUCAGUUCUGACCACCAUGGUGCAAGUGGCUGAGAAAGUUCAGGAUGUGCUGAAGGAGCCAGAGGAGGCACUGGUGGUACUUAGUGGAGGGGGCACCUCUGGCCGGAUGGCAUUCCUCAUGUCAGUCUCCUUUAACCAGCUAAUGAAAGGUCUAGGACAAAAACCUCUUUAUACCUACCUCAUUGCAGGGGGUGACAGGUCUGUGGUGGCCUCUAGGGAAAGGACAGAAGACAGUGCUCUACACGGGAUUGAGGAACUGAAGAAGGUGACUGCUGGGAAAAAAAGGGUGAUCGUCAUUGGCAUUUCAGUGGGACUCUCUGCUCCCUUUGUGGCAGGCCAGAUGGAUUACUGCAUGGACAACACAGAUGUCUUCUUGCCUGUCCUGGUUGGUUUCAAUCCAGUGAGCAUGGCCAGAAAUGACCCCAUUGAAGACUGGAGUUCAACAUUCCGGCAAGUAGCAGAGCGGAUGCAGAAAAUGCAAGAGAAACAGGAAGCUUUUGUGCUCAAUCCUGCCGUAGGGCCUGAGGGUCUCAGCGGUUCCUCCCGGAUGAAAGGCGGAAGUGCCACCAAGAUCUUGCUGGAAACCCUGUUGUUAGCAGCUCAUGAGACUGUGGACUGUGGCAUUGCGGCAUCUCAAAGAUGCCUCCUGGAAAUCCUCCGGACAUUUGAGCGGGCUCAUCAGGUGACCUACAGUCAGAACUCCAAGAUUGCCACCCUGAUGAAGCAAGUCAGCACCAGCCUGGAGAAGAAAGGCCGAGUGCACUUGGUUGGCUGGCAGACCCUUGGCAUCAUUGCCAUCAUGGAUGGAGUAGAGUGCAUCCACACUUUUGGCGCUGAUUUCCGAGAUGUCCGUGGCUUUCUUAUGGGUGAUCAUAGUGACAUGUUUAACCAGAAGGCUGAGCUCACCAACCAGGGUCCCCAGUUCUCCUUCUCUCAGGAGGACUUCCUGACUUCCAUCCUGCCUUCUAUCACGGAAAUUGACACUGUGCUCUUCAUUUUCACCCUGGAUGACAACCUCAUGGAGGUGCAGACACUGGUGGAGCAGGUGAAAGAGAAGACCAUUAACAUCCAGGCCCUGGCACACAGCACUGUGGGGCAGUCUCUGCCGACCCCUCUGAAGAAGCUCUUUCCCUCCAUCAUCAGUAUCACGUGGCCACUGCUGUUCUUUGAAUAUGAAGGGAACUUCAUCCAGAAGUUUCAGCGUGAGCUAAGCACCAAGUGGAUACUGAAUACAGUGAGUACAGGGGCCCAUGUUCUUCUUGGGAAGAUCCUACAAAACUAUAUGUUGGACCUCCGCAUUGGCAACUCCAAACUGUUCUGGAGGGCACUGGCCAUGCUGCAGCGGUUCUCUGGGCAGUCCAACGCCCGAUGCAUUGAGAGUCUCCUCCAAGCUAUCCACUUUCCUCAGCCUCUUUCGGAUGAAAUUCGGGUUGCUCCCAUCUCCUGCCACAUCCAAGUUGCACAGGAGAAGGAACAGGUAAUCCCUGUAGCCUUGCUGAGCCUUCUCUUCAGAUGCUCCAUCCCUGAGGCUCAGGCACACCUGGCUGCAGCUCUGUCUGUCUGUGAGGCUGUCAGGAGCGCCCUUGCUGGACCAGGUCGGAAACGCAGGACAGACUCCCUGGAGUCUCUACAGCCUGCCCUGCAGUGACCUGGCAUUUUCGGGUGUGAGGGAACCCAGCCCAGCUGAAGGGGACGUGUGCCAGCAGCACAUGUGGUAGGAGGAAGAAAUCCAGUUUCCAGGGUCACCAGCAGCACUUGGUGGGGAGAAAGAUUUUCUCCAUCUCAGGGGAAAAUUCUUGCUCUUGACUCAGUGUCUCUCACUUUCACUGGCUUUUUCUGAUUUUAGAAAUAAAACUAAAUUCCUAUUUUGGAAAGUUAUCCAUCAAAGUCAGUAAGUCAGACUCAAUAGACAAGGGUGGGACAGGAUGACUGGCUUGAGUUGGUCCUGAUGGCAGAUUUGAUUUUUUAAUGAUUUGUCCCAUUCCUUUGCCCCCUAGUCCAAACCUCUUCUGACAUCCCUGUAUUCUCAUCUGCAAUAGGCAGGCAUGCCUGCACGAGUUUGUGACAGACACAUAAACAAGGAGAGGUGGGAAGUUUUAGGUAAUUCCUGGGAGAGAGGAAGGAGUUGAGUCCCUAGCAUAGGUGUAGCGAGGGGGCAAAAUUGCGACGUAUGCAGUCGAGGGGAGAAAUAAAGAAGG